AUGGCCUCUCCAAACGGCCUCAACGGCACUCUUGCCGUUCUCAAUGCACCGUCAAACGGCACAUCACCGCCUUCGCCGCCGCUGCAGACCAUCGAGCUCAGUGAGAGACUGAGUACACUCCAGCAGAGCAUGGAGACUCUCUGGCAGAAUCGCAAUGUCUUCAAGGACGUCGAAACCGUACUCUCUGACAACAAAAACUGCCAAGGGGCUCUGCGUGCCAGCUUGGAACAUUUUCACCAGGUCAAAGCUGAAAACGACAACAUGCAGUCUCAAAUUGCGUCCCAAGGGACAACCAUUCGGAGGCUCGAAGGCCGUGUGGAAGAGCUGCGAAAGAAAGCGGCCAUCAAAGACCGUGACCUCAAAAACAUCACGGAAUCGAAUGCCACCUUGAAGUCCGAGGCUACGGAAGAGAAGAAAAAGAUUGAAGCCCUCCUUGUGGCCAAUGAUACACUCACGCGGGACAAGAAAUCUCUCGAAGGAAAAUUGUCCCAGCAAUCAGCCCAACUCGCCAAACUGACUGCCCAAGUCGAAACGCUGAAAACGCAGCACCAUGCCAAAGUGGGCGAGCUCAAGAGGCAGCUGGAUACGCUCAACGGCUAUGCCAUCCCGAUCCACAACCUGCCUCUGCAAGACGCUUCGGCAAAAUUGGAUUCCAUCUUCCAGAGUGCUCAUCGCCUUGUCAGCGGUUGUUUCGCCACCGACCUACCGGCCCACGUCUUUGCCCGCGACAGCGAUGACUGGAAGGCGUUCACAAGCGCUGUUGGAGACACCAAUAUACCGCUGCCGCCGUCCAACACUCUUGACGCCAAGCGUAUGCGCACAGCUGCCGUCCUGCGCUUCUUGGCCAAAAAUGCCGUUGCCAAGCUGUUCCAGCCAUUUUACACUCUGGAGCACGGCAGUGAGUUGAGCGACUGGCUCCACGAACGCAUCGAUGAUGACGAGCACCUCAACUUUGUGCGCCGUGUGCUUCUCCGUGCUGAGGCCAGGCCCGCGACCAUGGACGGGGUCCAGAACGAUCUAUUCCACGCAGAGACCCACGCGGCGGCCCGCGCCAAGGCCGUCGGGCGGGCACUCAGUGUCCGGGGUGCUGUCGGAGGUAUUCUUUCGCAAGAGGCAAGCGACGCCUUCUUCGUCGCCCUCGGCCGCUGGUGUGCCGAGACUGCUGAGACGUGGCGCACCGACAUUCAACCUCUGCGCGACGUCUUCCAGGCCCUCCUUGACCUGGAUGACGACGAACUCGAGGUUAACGAGUGGCGUGUCCUGCCGGACACACCGGACAAAGACGAUGGAAAUGCGCCGUCGCCUGUUCUACCUCUGGACAGCAUCAACGACGUCGCUGCCCACGUCUGGCCCCUCUUCAUGUCCAACGGUAACGUCGCCCAGUGCGGCUUUGUUGUCACCAAGGCCCAGGUAGCUCGGGCCAAGCUUGAAGUGGGCCAGUUUGCGGCAAUGCAGAACAAUAGUCGGCGUGUGAACCGAGCCUCUGCUCGGCGGUCCAGCGGCAGCGACAGAAUCCCCAGCACCGCGAAUCAGAAUUUUUGA